AUGGUGAAAGGGCGCUUUAUUAUGAACCCAUUCACGGAGUUGGCUCUCUCGGGAAAUGAUCACUCGCAACUUGAGACAUUAGCAAAGACUUUGAUCAUGUCGAACCUUGAGAAAUACUUGGCAUAUCAGGACGAAAAGAUAAAAGGAGUGGUGGAUCCACUCCGGUGGAAGCUGUAUAAACAGCAUCAAGGAGUUACGAUAUACGUUGAGCGACCAGGCUGUACUUCAUGUAGUGAGCAUGUUUCUGGCAAUGACUUGCCGUUGAUUCGGGGCAUUGGUAACGUGGAAGGUAAACUUGACGAUCUUAUGUACGGUCUCGUAAGUCCAACGCUCGAGAUGAUGCGUGUCAAGGCCUCGUAUGUUGAAGACUUUAGCGGUGCUGCAGUGCUCGAUAGCAUUGUCGAGCCUUCCCUGGAGGAUCCUUUCCAAGCUUUAGUUGUCAAGUGGAUGGAGAUUGACAUUCCGUUUGCUUCAACAAGUCUCGUCAAGAAUCGCGACUACGUGUACAUUGAUGCAACGGGCUUUGUGCGUACCAAGAACGGUGAGCGGUUGGCAUAUCACCUUAUGCACUCGGUGAAUUUCCCCAAGACGCCAGACCUACCGAACCGAAUCCGUGGCAAACUAUCAUCGGUGGCAUUCUGGCGGCAGACCGGACCUAACGCUAUAGAAUUCUUUGGUACUGCCGUCAUGGACCCAGUUGGUGCUAUGACGAAACUGAUUGCUGUUCCUACCAUAGGUGGUCUCUUUUUCUCUACUUUAAAGUAUGCUUUUUGCGGUCAAAUGAAGAAAUUGACGUUCAUGCUUGACAAGAAAUAUGCUGAAUCCAAGCUGCAAGGUAUACCCCAGAGGAAGAACGUGUGUGUCACGUGCUCGAGUCCAAUGACUGGUAGACGACUUGGCAACUUUGGCAAGAGCAAUCAUACAUGUAAACUCUGUUGUGGGUUUCGAAAGGUGACAUUUUGUGCCUCGUGCAUUAGUGAAUCAACGAGGAUGAGUUCGAGUACUACAGCUCGUACUCAGUUGGUAGCUAGUGGUACAAAUAUUCAAGGACAGACAAACUCGAGAAUGCAUUUGUUUGAUUUAUCAGACAGCAUUCAUUCGAAUAGUAUUGUCUAUGAAUAUUAG